AUGCCCGAGCCCAUCAAUGGCAAGACAGGGUCGAAGAUCUACGGGCCUACAGACGAACAGCUCGACAGAUCCAACCCCGACAGCUUUGCUCCGCCAUCGACAGAUAGCGGGAACGUGCCGCAGGCCAAAUGGCCCUUUGCUCUAUCUCACAAUCGAUUGCAGAACGGCGGAUGGGCAAGGCAGCAGAAUCAGGAUGUGCUUCCCGUCGCAACAGAGCUUGCUGGAGUCCAGAUGCAUCUGGACAAGGGCGCUCUGAGGGAGUUGCAUUGGCAUACAGCGAGCGAAUGGGCCUACGUCCUUAAUGGAACUCUCCGCGUCGCCAUCUCAGACGAGACUGGCGCCAACUACCUCGAUCAACUCUCCCACGGCGACCUCUGGUUCUUCCCCUCCGGUCUCGCCCACUCGAUCCAAUGUGUCUCCGACGGCGGUUGCGAAUUCCUCCUCGUCUUCGACGACGGCGGUUUCGACGAAAAUGAGACGUUCCUCCUCUCCGACUUUAUGGCUCACAUCCCUCGCGAGGUCCUGAACAAGAACUUCCCGAACUUCAACAACAGCGACUUUGACAAGGUGCCAAAGGAUGAGCUAUACAUCUUCCCUGCGCCUGAUGGUAUCGAGUCCUUCGCGCAAGACUCGAUCGAUAACCCGCAGGGCAACACCGCAAAGGCAUAUACGUACAAUGCGUCGAGCCACCCUGCAACGCAGCUUCCCGGUGGGACGGUGAAGAUUGUCGACAGCCGCAACUUCAGUGUGAGCGAUAUUGCUCUGGCCGAGGUGACGAUCAACCCUGGCGCCAUUCGAGAGCUUCACUGGCAUCCGCAAAGCGAUGAAUGGUCGUACUUCAUGUCAGGCCACGCCCGUCUCACCAUCUUUGCCGGCACAAAUAAUGCCCGCACCUUUGACUUCCAAGGAGGCGACGUAGCCUACAUUCCCAAGUCGCAAGGCCACUACAUCGAGGCCCUCGGUAGCGAGCCAGUCAAGUACCUCGAGCUCUUCAAGUCCCCCAUCUAUUCGGACAUCUCACUGAGCCAGUGGCUCUCUGUCAUGCCGCCUAGCGUCGUGCAGGGUCAUCUCGGCUUUAGCAAUUCGACGAUGAAAAAGUUGCAAGACCGUAGGAAGCAUGAUCAUCCAGUUGUGCAGGGGGCCGGUCACAAGAACAAGAGGAGCGUGGGGUCAGGACUGUACGGCGAUAAGCAGACGUGGGCGUAA